CCAUGAUCCGUAGCAAAAGGUGACGUCACGGCUGAUCAGUGCCACGAGAUAAAAUGCUACGCGCGCUCGCUACAGCCACCAAAACCGUAGUACCAUUGCUACGGCGUAGACGCGCUACGAACCAGCCGCGUAAACUUCGUACGACGUUCUAAGUGCUUUUUGGUCCCACAUCCCAUCAUGAGCUAUUCCCGGACCGUGGCGUUAUUGGCAGCAUUAUGGCUGGUUGCUGGAGCCACUUCCACCCCAGUCAGACGCUCUCCAGACCUCGAAGCCAGACGCAGGAGUGCCAUCGACCGGAGUAUGAUAAGAUUCGGCCGCUCAUACCCUCCAGAACCUUCAGCAGCAGACCUUAGAGAAGCAUUCCAACGCCCCACCCGACGAGGUAACAGCUUCCUUCGCUUCGGUCGCUCCCAACCACUAACACUCUCCACCGAAGACCUCGUCUCCCUGCUGCGAGCCUACGACGAAGACUAUGACGUCCCCAUGACAAAGAAGUCCGCCAGCUUCGUCCGUUUUGGCAGGGACCCCAACUUCAUCAGGUUAGGACGUUCAGCUGAUGAUGAUAAGACUUAUGAGCAGAAUUCUGAGCUGGUGGUCAGCGGAUACCCUCAGAGGAAAAGCCGAGCGAGGGACCACUUCAUCAGGCUUGGCAGGGACAGCGAAGAAGUCAAUGAGAAUGAGUUUGAAGAGUCAGAAGACAGCAGAAGGAAGAGGUCUGCUGAAGCGUGUCAUGACUGCCAGUCGUAAUCUCGUUGUUACAUGUACAUUACUGUGUUAGCCGCUGUAUGGGAAUUUUAUUGUGAAAUCAACAGGCAAUGGAUAGCAGUGUUGGAAAUUUUACUGAUUAAUUAUUUUUUCAUUAAAUUAACUCAGUUUUAAAUGUAAACUUGUUAUGUUCAAGAUUUUGUAUUAUUUUUAAACUGCUAUCUAUUUUGUCUGUUUUUUAAAUCAGUCAAUUUUAAAACUCUACCUAU